AUGAAGCAUCAUUUGAUGGUCGGCACCUGGGUCGCCCCCGGGCGCAUCUACACCGUCCAAUUUGACGAUGAGGCUCUGACCCUGGAGCUAGUCAAGAAGACCGAAAUUCCUGAGGCUGAGCCCAUCUCAUGGAUGACCUUCUCCCACGACAAGAAGGCCAUCUAUGGCGCUGCCAUGAAGAAGUGGAACAGCUUCGCUGUGAACAGCCCCACGGACAUUGUUCACCAGGCCUCCCACCCUGUUGCCGGCCACCCUCUGGCUCCUAGCAGUGAGACCAACACCCGUGCCAUCUUCGUCCUCGCCGCCCACAAGCCUCCCUUCAACGUUUACGGAAACCCCUUCUACAAGUAUGCGGGGUACGGUAACGUCUUCUCUGUGAAGCCCGAUGGAGCUCUGGAUGUCAAUGUUCAGAACUACGAGUACCAGGAGAACACCGGUAUUCACGGCAUGGUCUUCGACCCCACCGAGACCUACCUGUACUCGGCCGAUCUGACGGCCAACAAGAUCUGGACACACAAGAAGGAUGCUCAAACCGGUCAAUUGGAGCUGAUUGACUGCUUGGAGGCUCCUUCUCCUGGCGAUCAUCCCCGCUGGGUUGAGAUGCACAAGAGUGGCAAGUACCUAUACGCCCUGAUGGAGGCUGGCAACCGUCUGGGUGUCUACGUGAUUGACGAACGCACCCACAAGCCCGUCUUCACUCACAUCACCUACCCUCUGCUUCCUCCCGGUCUCCCUCCCCGCAACAAGUACCGUGGCGACGUUACUUUCACCACUCAAAGUGGCGAGUACCUUUUCGCGACCACCCGCUCCAACCACUUCGAUGUGACUGGUUAUAUUACUGCCUUCAAGCUUGGUCCCUCUGGUGAGAUUGAGCGCCAGCUCUUCAUCAACCCCACCUCUACCAGCGGUGGCCACUCCAACGCUGUCAGCCCUUGUGACUUCAGCGACGAGUGGGUUGCUAUCUGUGAUGACCAGCUUGGUUUCGUCGAGAUGUACCGCUGGGCCGAUGAGAAGCUGGCUCGUGUUGCCCGCGUAGACAUUCCUGAGCAGGGCUUUGCCAUGAACGCCAUCUGGUAUGAUUAA